AUGGCUAGCUGGCGCUGUCAACAUGGGAUAAAUAUGCUGUUUCUUUUUAUCGUGCAUUUGAAUCAUGGCAUCACAAAGUCACUGCAGACCUUCUCGGAAGAACAGUUCUUGCUGGAGCUGAGUGACGAUCGGAGUAGCUCACAGGGAACUCAUCCCACGGUGCGUAGUAGGCCACCGUACCUUGGCAACCUGCACCUUGGCUUUCACCAGCCACACCACCCGGCACCGGAAGCGAGUGAGAACGAAAUUUACGACUCGGACGAAAGUAAUCUGCUCCGGACGCCGCUCGACCGUGGGCCACACUUUGAUUUGUCCGCCUCGAAGAACAUUACAGCACUGGUCGGGAAGACGGCCUAUCUCAACUGCCGGGUGAAAAACAUCGGCAACAAAACGGUGUCCUGGGUGCGGCAUCGUGACAUUCAUCUGUUAACCGUAGGUAGAUUCACCUAUACAUCCGACCAGCGUUUCCAAGCUGUACAUAAUCCCCAAACAGACGAUUGGUCACUACAAAUUAGAUACCCACAGAAGCGAGACACUGGCGUGUACGAGUGCCAGAUCUCGACUACGCCACCGGUCGGACAUUCGAUGUUCCUCUCCGUAGUAGAACCAAUCACCACGAUCGUUGGUGUACCGGAUCUGUAUAUCAACACGGGCUCAACUGUAAAUUUAACCUGUAUAGUGCGGAACUCACCCGAACCUCCCUCAACUAUUAUUUGGACACACAACAAUCAGGAGAUCAACUACGAUUCGCCCCGGGGUGGUGUGUCGGUCAUAACGGAAAAGGGUGAAACGACGACAUCCUACCUGCUAAUACAGCGCGCCCGUACGACUGACACCGGGAAGUACGUCUGCUCACCGUCGAAUGCCGACCCUUCCACGAUUAACGUGCACAUUCUUAAUGGGGAACAUCCGGCAGCCAUGCAGCAUGGCGGUCAGCUGCGGAUAGGAGAUCCACUGAACGUGUUCGUCCUCUGGCUGAUUAGCUUUCUACUCGGACGGCGAUGA